GGUCUCGCCAGCAACUCCAGGGACAGUCGUCUCACCAGGAACUCCAGGGACAACACUGGUUGCACCCGGGGCGCCAGGAACAGUGGUCUCGCCAGGAACACCAGGGAUGACAGUAGUCUGGCCAGGAACACCAGGGAUGACGGUAGUUUGACCAGGAACGCCAGGAAUGACGGUGGUCUGGCCAGGAACACCAGGAAUAGUAGUGGUCACGCCAGGAACUCCGGGAACGACGGUAGUCUCACCGGGAACUCCGGGGAUGACGGUGGUCUGGCCAGGAACUCCAGGAAUAACAGUCGUCUGGCCAGGAACUCCAGGGAUAGUGGUGGUCACACCAGGAACGCCGGGAAUGACAGUAGUCUCACCGGGAACCACAGGGACAAUAGUGGUGUUUCCAGGAACUCCAGGAAUAACGGUAGUACCAGGGGCAAUUGGAACCGGCUGAGUGGGCUGAAUUGGAAUGACUGUGGUGUUCUGGUAAGGAGCAGGCUUGUGAGUGGUAACAGGCGCAGGUGGGAUCACCGUUCCGCUGGUGGGAACCGGUCCUGGAGCAGUGCCGUGACUAGUGGUGGGCUGAACCGGGGCAGUACCGUGGCUUGUAGUAGGCUGAACUGGAGCAGUGCCGUGGCUAGUAGUAGGCUGAACCGGAGCAGUGCCGUGGCUAGUAGUCGGCUUGAUAGGAGCAGUGCCGUGACUAGUAGUCGGCUUGAUAGGAGCAGUGCCGUGACUAGUGGUCGGCUUGAUGGGUGCAGUGCCGUGGCUGAACGUGGGCUUGAUGGGUGCAGUGCCGUGGCUGAACGUCGGCUUGAUGGGAGCAGUACCGUGGCUGAAUGUGGGCUUGAUAGGCGCAGUGCCGUGGCUGAACGUCGGCUUGAUGGGAGCAGUGCCGUGGCUGAACGUCGGCUUGAUGGGAGCAGUGCCGUGGCUGUACGUCGGCUUGAUGGGGGCAGUGCCGUGACUAGUGGUAGGCUUGAUGGGAGCGGUGCCGUGGCUGGUGGUCGGCUUGAUGGGAGCAGUACCCUGACUAUAGGUCGGCUUGAUAGGCGCAGUACCCUGACUGUAGGUAGGCUUGAUGGGAGCGGUGCCGUGGCUAGUAGACGGAUUGACAGGAUUCACCGUUCCAGUUGGGUUCGGCUUGGGUUGAGGCACAAACCCAGUCGGCACAGGCUCCCAAGUACUGGUACCCGGAAGCCCAGUGGUCAGCACGGGCUUGGUAGUUGCCGGCUUGAUAUGACGGGCUGGUCAGCAUGUCUACGAUGAUCAGGAGAUGAUCAAAUCCCACAUACCUCAGUGCCGCGAACAAUAACGCCCGCAAGCGCCGGGCCAGCC